AUGUCAAGGACUAUGGAGCUCAGGGAAACGGUGUCACCGAUGAUACGGAUGCGAUCAAUGCGGCGAUAUCUGACGGAAGCCGAUGCGGAGAUGGUUGCGGCUCGUCGACACUCCUGCAUUAGUUUCUUCCCUCAAGGCACAUACCUGGUCUCGUCACCCAUCAUCGCAUACUAUUACACUGUGCUGGUCGGGAUGCAAAGGUCCCACCCACCUCUUGGCGAACUCGAACUUCAGUGGUUUGCCGUCAUGCGGACCUUACUUCCAAAGGUUACGGUGCCCAUGCUACGCUCGGUCCGCAACCUCGUAAUCGACCUGCGGCAAACCUCGGAUACAUCUGGUGUCGCUGGUCUUCACUGGCAAGUUCGCAGGCCACUUCUCUUGAACAUUGUUGUCGAAAUGAGUACCGCGUCUGACACCACGCAAGAGGGCCUUACAUGGAAGACGGCAGUGGCGGUUCAUGGGAGUGACCUUUUCACAUGUAAGGUGGUAGAUCUGGUGUUCAACGGCGGCAAGUAUGGUCUGGAUGUCGGGAAUCAACAAUUCACUGUCCGAAAUGUCACGAUAAAUAACGCACAGAUAGCAACCACGUUCUGUCGUACAGCGGUAAACGCCAUCUGGGGAUGGGGAUGGACUUGGCAAGGGCUGACCAUAAACAAUUGCGGUGUCGGCUUCGCUGUAACCGUUGGUGCUGCUGCCAGCGGGGGUUCGCAAGGUGCAGCCUCGGAGAGCAUCAUCGACGCUGCCAUCACCGACGUCGGCACGUUUGUGCAACUGUCUACGGACAGCACUGGUUCUCUCGAUGGCUCCCUCGUACUCAACAACAUUGCUCUGACCAACGUCGGCACGGCGUUGGCACCUCGGACGGCACGUCCUAUUUACACCGUCAACACCUGGGUGCAAGGCAAUGUAUAUUCCGGCACCAGCAGCUCUGGUACAUACACGCAAGGAGACAUCACGGCUAUCAACAGGCCGUCCGUGCUGGAAGCGAGCAGCGGGUGGUUAUUCCAGAAGUCACACCCCCAAUAUGCAGCCUACUCUCCCAGUCAGUUCAUGAGCAUGCGGUCCCAGGGUGCGACAGGUGACGGAUCUACGGACGACACGAGUGCGAUACAGACUGCUAUCAACAACUACUGGGGCUGCUACAUCCUCUACUUCGAUGCGGGUAUUUACAUGGUCUCCUCGACCAUCACCAUUCCGGCAGGCACGACCAUAGUUGGCGAAGCCUGGUCGACGAUCAUGGGAUACGGGAGCUACUUCGAGAACUAUAACGACCCACAGGUUGUCGUGCAAGUUGGGGAGAACUCCGGAGACGAGGGUGUCGCUGAGAUCACCGAUAUGAUCUUCUCAACUCAGGGACCCACCGCGGGAGCAAUCGUAGUUGAAUGGAACGUCCAUGACCCGUCCGGCGAGCAGGGCGCAGCAGGAACUUGGGACACCUACAUUAUUCUCGGAGGAAGGAAUGGAACUGAUCUGCAGACGGUGGAGUGUCCCUCAGGAACGGGGGCGGGAGACAACAGCUGCUUCGCCGCGUUCAUUGGACUGCACAUAACGUCCGGUGCUAGCGCGUACUUGGAGGGCCUGUGGGUCUGGCUCGCCGACCAUGACCUUGACAGCUCUAGCGGAGGCCAAUUGACCCUAUGGUCUGCUCGUGGAAUCCUGUCCGAGUCUCAAGGACCGGUCUGGAUGGUCGGGACUGCCAGUAAGCCUGGUUCCUAUUUGCUCGAUUAUGAUUCCAACAUACACCUCGUGAGCGCAGGCGAACACAGUAUUAUGUACCAAUACGGAUUGGCGAAUGCACAGAACCAUUACCUGGGUUUCAUCCAGACCGAGUCGCCGUACUUUCAACCUGAUCCGGCGCCGUCUUCCCCGUUCAUACCGAGUGCAACCUAUUUUGACCCUUCAUCCUGGCCAGGAAACGCUGCUUGGGGUCUGUACAUAACCGGUUCUUCGAACAUUCUCAUCGUCGGUGCCGGCCAUUACAGUUUCUACCAAGCCUACACCCAGAGCUGUGAUAAUAGCAACAACUGCCAGUCACAGAUCGUCGAGAUCGACUCCAACUCUAGCAACAUUGGGAUUUACGGUCUCAAUACGGUGUAUUCGACCUACCAGCUCAGCGUCGACUACAACGCCAUCAUCGACUACACCAGCAACGAGAAUGGUUUCGCUCAGACUGUGACCGUUUGGACGUCAUGA